CAAUAUAAAAACGAUGCUCUGCCGGACUUCUACACACACAAAUUGACGUCAAGAGCUUCUCUGAUUCGUGACGUACAAAACAGUUAGGGCGUGUGCGUUGUUAUGUGUUCUUUACAUGACUCAGUCAUGAAUUAAACUUUUGUGGAGCAAUAUUUUUUAUUAUUUGACUUAAUAAUUGGUGCAAUUAGUGUAAAAAAUUAUUUAUAGCAAUAAAAUUAUUAUAAAAUGGGUCAUUUACAGUGGCUCUCGUUGUUCAAAGUUUUUUUACUUUCAUUAUGUGUUUCUGUUUAUUCUCAAGAAAAUUCAUCUCUAACACACAACAAUGAGUGUUUUAUUCCGGAAGUGAUACGAGGAGAUUGGUUUUCGUGGGAAAAUGGGAGAAAUACACGAACUAUUAUUGAUUCUGAAACCAUGUCAGAUCGAGGAAGAUGCAUCAAAGUAAAAAAAACUUCUCAGUCACAUUAUACUUUUAUUUUUGAAAAAAAUUCUUGCUAUCAUUGUGUACUAUUGAUUGUAAGAACAUUGAACGUUUUGGAAAAAGAAGAGCUAUCCUGUGUUAACUUAUCGCCCGAUCAGAACCCAACAUUUGAAAAUGUUUGUAGAGGAAUUAAACUCGGUCAACAAUAUAUCACAUUAUUUUCAGAGAAUUACAAACCUGUCAACUGUAGGUCUGCCUUAGAAGGUGUUUGGCAGUUUGCUUAUCAGAAUCGGUUUAGAUUUACUGGAGAGUGUAAUAAUCCAGAUGCACAAAUUAGAUCCUGUCAAGAUCCAGGAUCACAGUUUCUUAUAACAAACCAGAAGUUUAAUAUCACAUAUAAAAAAUGCGAUAAUAUGAAAGGAACUUUUGAUGGAGUUGUUGAAUAUAGUUGUUUGGGUGAUUGGUUCAAGGGUAAAGAUCAUUUCUUUGCUGUUGCUAACACAAAAGAAUCACGAAAAGACGAAAAAUAUAGAUGUUUUCUAAGAAAUCGUGAGGAUGAUCUAUAUAUAGGAGUGUCAAUUACAGCUGAAUGCAAUACUUUAAAAACAGUAGAGAAGAGUCCUGAGAGAUUACAUAUAACUCCAGUAAAAUCGGAAGUAGUUGUUCCCGGUUGUCGACUACCACAGAACAUGUCCGGAGAUUGGGUGAAUUUAGCUAAUUAUGAAGCUGAUGUAGUAAUUAAUGAAACUCACAUUAUUGAAACUUGGCGUCCAGAUGAAGGACGUUUCCGUAAAACAAUUUACGUAUGUCAAGAGCAACGUGAUAGUAGAAUUAUGAUGGCUCGACUUACUGUUGAUGGAUGUCAAAAAGAUUACAUUUGCUUUGACUUUGUUCCUCGUCACCAUAACAUUAUUAGAUACAGGAAAGGACUGGCUGUGAUCCAGAACGACUUUUUUACAGUUUGUUCAUGGAAUAAAUUUAUUCAAAAAUAUCGUCGAGAUCAGAAGCGCAUUGAAUGGCAUUAUGAUUAUUUUGUUGCGAAAUUCCCUGUUCCUGUCAGGUGUCCAGUUGCUGGAAAGUUUAUGUUCACUCAGAAAGGAGACAUACCUUUUGAAACUAGAAUUUUGGGUGGUGUAACUUUGUCACCAAGACCAAAUAUCCAUUGUAGAGAAAAUAUAUCAGAUUUUUCAGUGUGUGAUCCUGAUCAAAAAGAAAUUGCCAUUGAUGAAAAUUACUGUUUAUCAGUGGAUCAUUUAGGACGACCUGUUGAUAUUUACAGCGACCCUGAUUAUAAAAUGAAAUGUAUUGGAUAUUGGAAAGAGAAUCUCAAAUCUUAUCUGAUUACUUAUGACGAAUUGGAUCCAUUUAGUAAAUAUCGUUGCUGGGUUUAUCAAAGAGCUGAAUUGAACCGAAUUUUGAUGUCACAGUCUGCAGGACCCAUUUGUGAUAUCAGGCAACGAGUUCAAAGUACCAGUUGGAAAGAAGGAGCUGCGGUAGCAAUAGACAUGACAGAAUAUGAAAGAGAACGCGAUCAGUGUCCAAUGUAUUUUAAUGAUGGUUCAAAUCCUUGGCUCGUCACGGAAAAUCGCAUUAAAAUCUUCCGUUUUGGACAAAGUUCUUCUACUACAACAAUAGCCCCGCUAAUCAAAUUAUUUACCGUUGUUGUAUUUAGCAUAUGUUACUUAUAAGAAUUUACAUUAUAUAUAAGCUGCUAAAUUGAGGUAUUUGAAGUGUUUAAAAUUUCUCUAUGAUAUUUUAGACCUUUUAAACAAAUGACUCCGUCCAUAAGUUAAAACGUUUUUACAUAGUAACAAUUUAAGUUUACGUAUCUAACAAUUGACUUAAAUAUUAUAAUUAAUAAUUGGCAUGCCUUUGAAUGUGCCUUGUAUGUAAUCGAAAUUUUAUUAUUUUACGUACAUGACAAUACUACAAUAUUUGCAUACUCAUGUAAAGAUCUUAUUUUAUUCGAAAAAAUUAUAAAUAAUGUUAAAAAUGUAAAUGCGAAAUUUUUUU